AUGCUUUCUGUCUUUUGUUACACUGAAUUUGCUGUGGAGAUUCCAGCAGCUGGUGGAUCAUUCGCCUACCUAAGGGUAGAACUAGGAGACUUCGUUGCAUUCAUCGCAGCGGGCAACAUCCUCCUCGAAUAUGUAAUUGGCAGCGCUGCUGUGGCCCGUUCAUGGACUUCAUACUUUGCAACUUUGUGCAAUCACCAUCCGAACGAUUUUCGCAUCCACGUCUCGUCUUUCCCCGACUCCUACAACCAGCUCGACCCCAUCGCCAUCAUUGUGAUCGUCGUCAUUUGCACCUUGGCUGUAGCCAGCACCAAAGGCUCCUCCCGCUUCAACUAUGUUGCUUCCAUUUUCCACGUUGCCAUCAUCCUCUUCAUUGUCAUUGCCGGCCUCACCAAGGCCAACCCGAAAAACUUCACUCCCUUUGCCCCCUAUGGCCCUCGUGGCAUCUUCGUAGCCUCUGCCGUUUUGUUCUUUGCAUACGUUGGAUUCGACGCCGUUUCGACAAUGGCUGAGGAAACUAAGAACCCUGCUAAAGAUAUACCUAUUGGUCUUGUUGGGUCAAUGGUGAUCACCACAUUAGCCUAUUGCAUUCUUAAACGCGAGGUUGAAGACGAGCGCGUGAGAGACACGCGAGGCGCGUGGGAGUCCGCGAGUGAGAGCGCCACUGUGCGCAGAUCAGGCGCAUGA